AGUUUUGCAGUGCACCUAUUAUACUAAAUUUGUGUAAUUAAAUAUUGGAUAAAAAAAGAAAUUAUUUCACAUGCAGAUUUGGGUGUAUGGAAACAGCUUUGAGUCAUUCUUGGUGGCUGUUGUGGUCCCUGAAAGAAAAGCCAUUGAGGAUUGGGCAAAAGAGCACAAUUUGACUGAUGAUUUUAAAUCUUUAUGUGAUAAUCUUAAAGCAAGAAAACACAUUUUGGAUGAGCUCAACAACACUGGUCAGAAACACCAACUUAGAGGAUUUGAGCUGCUAAAAUCCAUUCAUCUGGAACCAAAUCCCUUCGACAUAGAAAGAGAUUUAAUAACUCCAACAUUCAAAUUGAAGAGACCACAAUUGCUCAAGUACUACAAGGAUCAUAUUGAUCAACUAUACAAGGAAGCAAAGGGAGCAAUGGUGUAAACCAUGCAGCAAGUGGCCAUGCUGUGUGCAAAAAUUUUAAGAUUUCUGCUAGUUAUGAAGAAAAAUCCAUUUGGCAUUCUGUGUAUUUUGGUUCAUUAUUGUAUUGACUGAAGUGCAAAACCAUAAACAUAGAUAGAAUAGGCUGUAUGCUGAACCAGCA